CAUGAACAGCCGUGUUAUAUGUGUAUUACAUUUUAUGGGUUGUCGGCGUUGCAUUACAGCUCUCCCUGUCCAUCCUGCAUAGUUUCUCGCCGUAAUAAGCGGAGACGCGCUAAAGCGCAUCUCUGCAUGUCUCCUAAUUGCGUGCAGACACUGCAGCAGCGCAUGUUGCGCGGGGGUGGCACCGGACGGGGCUCCUUCAGCACAAAGACACCGCUCACCUCCCUCCCCGGCUGAGGAUCUACUGCCAUCUCAGCAGAGCCCUGAACUUGCCUCACUUUGCUCCACAUCCGACUGAAAGCGAUCGGAGUGAUUCGGGACCUGAAGGGGAGCCGGGACGCCGCUCCGGGUAGUCGCUGAGAUCAUCUCCAGCGCUUAAGCGACCGAGGCUACCACACCGCGCAGAAGAUGAAUCAAACAGCCAGCGUUUCGCAUCAGGUGAAAUGCCAGUCCUCCAAGGCCAUCAAGGGUCUCCAGCUUACAGGCAGGAAAGCAGGAUCUGACCAUUUGACGCUGCCCCAGAUGUGCGCAUCGCUGAGCAGCUCGCCGCUCGGAAUCCUGCCUCUCCUCCGCCUCGCACAUCACGGGAGACACCGGCACGUUUCGGGCGUCAUCUGAGGACUUGUCCCGUCUCGGUCUUCGUGGGAUGUGACCCAGCACAACCUUCAGGUUCCUCUGCGGAUGCUUACGGAGCGGAUCGCGGCACGUCCAUCACCAGCACCUUGACGAUCCCGAUAGAUCCCGUACCGAGCGGCACCCGGAUGCAUCAGCGUACGGUUUAGGACGGACUAUCCCCGGAAAGUGGCAAUCAUCCCCCAGGCUUCAGCAUGACGGCGGCAAGCGAGAAAGCGGUUCAGAGAGGGACCCAGCAGCCUCAGCCGGACGAGGACCUGAGCACCGGAAGUCCCCCCCAGAGGAACUGGAAGGGCAUCGCCAUUGCUCUGUUGGUCAUCCUGGUGGUCUGUUCCCUGAUCACCAUGUCCGUCAUCCUGCUCACUCCAGCCGACUCGUCUGGGGGCAGCGACACCAAGCUGACCGUGGACGACCUUUUCAAGCCCCACUUUGUGCCACAUGACCCCGAGGCCACAUGGAUGAGCGAAUCAGAGGUCGUGUACAGGAACCGGGAUGGUGACGUCCUGAAGUUCAACGUGGCCACAAAUGAGACUGACGUUCUUCUGAGAAACAGCACAUUUGUUGCUUUCAAAGUCGCAAAAUACUCCAUAUCCCCAGACAUGAAAUAUGUGCUUUUUGCCUACGACAUUAAGCAGGUCUACAGACAUUCAUUCUCUGCCUCCUAUAUAAUUUACAACAUAAACACCAGAGAGGUGCUGGAGCUGAAUCCCCCGGAGGUGCAGAACUCUGUCCUGCACUACGCUGCCUGGGGACCCCAAGGCCAGCAGUUGAUGUACAUCUUCGAAAACAACAUCUACUACCAGUCAGACGUCGCAAGCAAUUCUCUCCGACUGACCUCCUCUGGUAAAGAAGGGGUCAUCUUUAAUGGGAUCGCUGACUGGCUCUACGAAGAGGAGAUUCUUCAGUCUCACAAAGCUCACUGGUGGUCCCCAGAUGGAGAAAAGCUGGCGUACCUCACGAUCAAUGACACCUUGGUGCCCAACAUGGCCCUUCCCAGACUCACCGGCAGCUCCUAUCCCAGAGGGACACAGUAUCCGUACCCCAAGGCAGGACAGCCCAACCCCACCGUGAAGCUGUAUGUCGUCAAUCUCUAUGGACCCACGCACACCCAAGAGCUCCUGCCCCCCGAGAACUUGAAAGUCAGAGAGCAUUAUGUGGUGAUGUUUAAGUGGAUCAGCAGCACCAAAGCGGCUGUGAGGUGGCUGAACCGGGCCCAGAAUGUCUCCGUCCUUGCCGUGUGUGACACCACCAUCGGUGCCUGUAUCAAGAGACACGAGGAGACCUCAGACGUCUGGCUAUCUAAACAGAACCAGGAAGCCAUCUUUUCUAAGGAUGGCAGAAGGUUUUUCCUGACAGUGCCAGUGAAGCAGGGUGGACGAGGAGAGUUCCAUCACGUCGCCAUGUUCACCACGCAGUCCAGAGCUGAGCAAAAUGAAGUUCGACAUUUAACAUCUGGCAACUGGGAGGUGGCCAGAAUCUUAGCGUACGAUGAAAACAGCCAGAACGUAUACUUCCUGAGCACCGAGGAGUCCCCAGAAAGCAGACAGCUGUUCAGUGUCUCGACGGUUGGCCUGUUUCCACGGCGAUGCCUAACGUGCGAGUUGAACAAGGCCGGCUGCACCUACUUCAGUGCUGAGCUCAGUCCAGGUUUUCAGUAUGUCCUGCUUCACUGUGAAGGUCCUGAGGCACCAUCAGUGGUCUUGCACACUUUAAAUACCAACGACUAUUUUGCACUGGAGGAGAACACAGUUCUCAAAGCAGCCCUGAGAAGCAAGAAGAUUCAGCAGACCCAACUGAGGCUGUUCCAUGUAGAACACUUUGAACUGCCACUAAGAAUCUCCUUCCCACCGGAUUUCUCCGAAUCGAACCAGUAUGGGCUUCUCCUUGUCGUAGAUGGAGCUCCUGGGAGUCAAUCAGUGAGUGACCAGUUUCUGUUGGACUGGGACUCAGUUCUGGUUAGUUCAGACAAUGUCAUCGUGGUCCGACUGGAUGGCAGGGGAACUGGCUUCCAGGGCCAGAGAGUUUUGCAUGCGGUGUACGAGCGUCUGGGAUCCGUGGAGGUCCAAGACCAGAUUGCUGUUCUGGAGUACAUGCUGCAGUUCCCUUACGUUGACCACACACGGAUAGGGAUAUUCGGGAAGGACUAUGGAGGAUACAUCACUUUAAUGAUGCUUAAAUCAACGGACACUCUGGUCAAAUGUGCAGCCUCUAUGUCUCCGGUUACUGACUGGAAACUCUACGCAUCAGCCUUUUCUGAACGAUACCUCGGGAUGCCAGCGAAGAACGACAACAGGUACCAGUUCUCCAGUGUGCUGCAGAACGUCCAAGGACUGCGAGAAAAGAACUUAAUGCUGGUCCAUGGUACCGCUGAUGCCAGCAUCCAUUUUCAGCACACAGCAGAGCUGAUUAAAAACCUGAUUAAAGUUGGAGCAAACUACACUGUCCAGAUCUACCCAGACGAGGGCCACACCCUGUCCCAGAGGAGCACACAGCAUCUCUACGUGUCUCUCGUGUCCUUCUUCAGAGAGUGCCUCAAAGAGGAGGUCUUGCUAGUACCAGAAGAACCAGAGGAAGACGAAUAGAUGGCAAGGAUGCACUAUGGGCGGGACUUAAUCACCAAUUUCCAUGAGACUUACUGAAGCCGCAAGAUGCUGGACGAUGUGUACAGCUGCUGCCAGACUCACAGAGGAGGCAAGAGUCUGAGAAAGGAGGACGAUGAAAGGGCAGCCAGCAAAAUGGCCAAACUCGCACUGUAGGAUCCUCGUAUAAUAAGACACGACUCAAGCUUCAGUAUAGAGAUGUUUCACCUGGAAGCACAGGAUAACUUCAGCCCCCGCUACACAUACAGAUACACACGGGAUGACUGGUUUCUACAUCCACAAUUACAAUGCAUGGUUAUUUUAUUUUAGCUAUCCUUGCUUUUCCAUGUAAUUAUUUGUUGUGGUAUAUAUUUAAAAAGUUGUAUAAUUCCCAGAAGUCCCUGCUGUUCCCAGCCUCCCUCUCAUGUACCAAUCACAGCGAAAAGAUUGACUUCUUUUUUUGACAUCAGCGAAGCAAAUUCAGCAUUACUGUGACAUCCCUUAAAAAAGUGCAAUUGCUCCUCAACCCUGUUCUGUUCACCUCAAUAUGGACGGUAUUUUGUACAGUACAACAGAGUGUGUACAUAUAUAUUUUUUGGAUAUGUCUCAUAGUUGUCUAUGGAGAAUAAUUUAUUUGAACUAUUUUAAACUGACGUCCUUCAGUUUCGGUAAUCUUUUUUUGUUUUUUUUUCCUUAGGAUCGAUUUUGUAAUGCUUGGUAUUGUUCAUUUUGCUCUUUAUUAGAGAGGUUUGUGUGGAAUGGGACACAUUGUUAUUGUCUUCUAGUAAUGGUUAUAAAUAAAAAAAUAAAAGUAAAGAGCUGUGAAAA